GACAUGUCUGUGCUUCAUGACGUGAUGGUGUAGGUAUUUUAAAAAUAUUUCCUUAAGGGAAAAAAAAAAACAACAGAAGAUACAAGGAAGGCAGCAACAGACCAGGGGAGGGAAAGUCUUCACAACGAGGAGAGAAAGAAAAAGUAAAUUAAAAAAAGGAUAAAACGAGAAAAUAAGAGGAAGAAGAAGUGGAAUCAGAAGAUGCAAUGGAAGGAACAUUGCAAGGAAGAGGAAUGAGAACUUUAUCCAAAGGACAUGUUUACUGCGAGUAAUAUAUAAACAUUUGGAAGGAAUACUAGUAAAGGAAAUAGAAGCACAGAAGAGAUAAGGAAGGAAAAUGAGAAGGAGGAUGUAAAAAUAUGACAGUUAAGAGCAUGAAGAAGCCAUGGGGAAAGGAAACCAGGAAAUAGAAGGGAAAGAAAGAAAAAAAAGGAAACAAUAGCAGAAGAAAAUAAAGGAGAAAAGGAUACAUCAAGGGUCGACUCUUCAAGAAAAAAGUAAGACAGGAAGGGAGCAAGGUUCUAUCAAAGAAAGAAGAGAAUGUAAACAAAGGGAAGAAAGAUAAAGGACCUGAUCCACAGGCACCGACCUUAUGUUUCCACGCUGAGAAGAGCUGGUCCGGAACAGCCUUUCCCUGGCUGGAAAACCGCAUCCUGGCGCUGAUAUGCCAUGAUUGGACCCGACAUACCGUAAUGGGCGCUGAUAUACCAUAAUUGGCGCAGAUAUCCCAUAACUGGCACUGAUAACUGCAACAGUGAUGGUCUCCAGCGGGACGCAGGAGGCAACUGGCGAAUUACCGGCCGGGGUAAAAAAGAACGAAGAUUGGAAAGGAAAGAAAAAUGGUAUAAAGAUUAGGGCAGGGCAAUAAAGCAAAAUGACAACGAGAAGAAACAAUAGAAAAGAAAGGGAAGACUAAAAAGGAAAGAGUAGGAAAAGGAAGGGAAAGGCAAAAUGAUGAAAACCAGAGAAAUGACGGAAGAAAGGAAGGAGAAGAUGAGGAAAGAAAUGAACCUAUGUAAGCAAAUAGCAAUCGAUAAAGAAAAGGAAACAAGGAAAAUAAGCGGAGAAGAGAUGAACAGACGGCAGAGGGGAUGUUGUUAAAGGAGCGGAGGCAGAGGCGCUGUGGCUGUGGCGUGUGCGGCGGCGGAGCAGCGCACGGUGUCGCUGCAGGCUCAGGAACGGCUCGGUGCGGGCGGCUCCGCCCCGGUGCGGCGGAGAGCCCGGCUGUGAGCGCGGGGGGGCGGCGCGGGCCGGGCAGCAGAGCCGGUGCGUCCGGCGGCGGCGGGGAGCCGUGCGGGGCCCGGGCCGGGGCCGGCAGCCACAGCGGCGGCGAGAGCGGCGGCGGCAGGGAGGAUGGGCGAGCGGUGGUGUGCGGCGGUGCUGCGGGUGCUGGUGCUGCAGGCGCUGGCCUGGGCGCUGGCGGGCGGGCAGGUGCGCUACUCGGUGGCGGAGGAAGCCAAGGCCGGCACGGUGGUGGGCCGUCUGGCGCAGGACCUGGGCCUGGAGGCGGGCGAGGCGGAGGCGCGGCGGCUGCGGCUGGUGGCUCCGGGCCGGCGGGCGAGCGUGGAGGUGAGCGGGGCGAGCGGCGCGCUGCUGGUGAGCUCGCGGCUCGACCGGGAGGAGCUGUGCGGCAAGAGCGCGCCGUGCGCGCUGCGCCUGGAGGUGCUGCUGGAGCGGCCGCUGCGCGUCUUCCAUGUGCAGCUGGAGGUCACCGACAUCAACGACAAUGCCCCCGUCUUCCCCGCCGCCCGAAAGAACCUCAGCAUCGCGGAAUUCACCACUCUGCCGGGGUCUCGUUUCCCGCUGGAGGGCGCGUCGGAUGCGGAUAUCGGAGCGAACGCGCAGCUCUCCUACACACUCAGCCCCAGCGAGCAUUUUAGAAUAGAGGAAGAAAACAGUAACUCUCGGAGUAAAUCCCUGUUUCUGGUACUCACGAAAUCUCUGGACCGCGAGACGAUUCCCGUGCACCGGUUGGUGCUGACGGCGAGUGACGGGGGCCGGCCGUCUCUGACGGGGACAAUGGAGCUGGUGAUCUCGGUGGAGGAUGCGAAUGACAACGCGCCCCAAUUCAACCAGACGGUGUAUAAAGUACAACUGCCGGAGAACGCUACGGAGGGGACGUUUGUGGCGAGGGUGAAUGCCACGGAUCCGGAUUUGGGAAGUAAUGGAGAAGUGACAUUUAGUGUGAGCAAUACUUUUCCUGAAAAGGGAAUAAAUAUUUUCCUUUUAAAUGCGAAGACGGGUGAAAUUCAUUUGGCAGGCAUCGUGGACUAUGAAGAAGCUCGUUUAUAUGAGAUACAAAUAGAAGCGAGAGAUAAGGGUAUGCCCCCGCUGUCGGGUCACUGCAAGGUGGUGCUGGAGGUGCUGGACGUGAACGACAACGCGCCGGAGGUGUGGGUGACGUCGCUGUCGGUGCCGGUGGCGGAGGACGCGUCGGUGGGGACGGUGGUGGCCCUGCUGAGCGUGUCGGACCGGGACUCGGGGGAGAACGGGCGCGUGCGGUGCUGGGUGUGGCCGGCGUCGCCGUUCGGUCUGGAGGCGACGUUCGCGGGCUCGUACUCGCUGGUGCUGCGCGAGGCGCUGGACCGGGAGCGGGUGUCGGAGUACGAGGUGGAGGUGCGUGCGGAGGACGGCGGGGCGCCGGCGCUGCGCGCCAGCCGCGGGCUGCGGGUGCCGGUGUCGGACGUGAACGACAACGCGCCCGCCUUCGCGCAGGCCGUGUACACGGUGCUGGCGCGGGAGAACAACGCGGCGGGCGCGGAGCUGGCGCGGCUGUGGGCGCGGGACCCGGACGAGGCGGGCAACGGGCGCGUCAGCUACUCGCUGUGGGAGGGCGGCGUGGGCGGCGGCGGCGGCGGCGGGGCCGCGGGAUCGUCGUCGUCGUGGUCGGGCGGCGGGUGGCGUCCGGCGUCGAGCUACGUGUCGGUGGACGCGGAGAGCGGGCGCCUGUGGGCGCUGCAGCCCUUGGACUACGAGGAGCUGCAGGUGCUGCAGUUCGAGGUGCGCGCGGUGGACGCGGGGGAGCCGCCGCUGAGCGGCAACGCCACGGUGCAGCUCUUCGUGCUGGACGAGAACGACAACGCGCCGGCGCUGCUGCCGGCCGCGGGCUCGGCCCCGGAGGCGGGCGCCGUGGCGGCCGAGGCGGCGGUGGUGGGGGCGGGCUCGGCGUCGGGCACGCUGUGGGCGUGGGCGGCGUGGGGGGCGCCGGCGGGGCAGGUGGUGGCCAAGAUCCGCGCCGUGGACGCCGACUCGGGCUACAACGCGUGGCUGCGCUACGAGCUGUGGGAGCCGCGGGGCAAGGGCCCGUUCCGCGUGGGGCUCUACAGCGGCGAGGUGAGCACGGCGCGGGCGCUGGACGAGGCGGACGGGCCUCGCCAGAGGCUGCUGAUCGUCGUGCGCGACCACGGCGAGCCGGCGCGCUCGGCCACGGCCACGCUCAGCGUGUCGCUGCUCGAGGCGGCCGAGGCGGCGCUGGCCGCGGGAUCCUCGUCCUCGUCAUCGUCGUCGCCGUCGCGCUCGGCCGUGGGCGUGGAGCUGGGGCCCGGGGCGGCGAGCGCGGCCACCAACGUGUGGCUGGUGGUGGCCAUCUGCGCCGUGUCCAGCCUGUUCCUGCUGGCCGUGGUGCUGUACGGGGCGUCGCGCUGGGCGCCGCGGGCGGCCGUGCUCUCGGGGCCCGGGCCCACCACGCUCGUGUGCGCCAGCGAAGUGGGCAGCUGGUCGUACUCGCAGCGCCACAGCCGGAGCCUGUGCGUGGCCGACGGCGCCGCCAAGAGCGACCUCAUGGUUUUCAGCCCCAACUUCCCCCCUCCGCCGCCGCCGCCGCCCGGCCCCGCGCCCAAGGACACGCAGCCGGAGCCCUCCGCUCUCCUCGACACGGUCAGUGCUCUUUCCUUCAUGCUCUUCCCUGUUCCUUUCAUCCGCCCUCUUCAGAAGCUGCUCUUUGAAGCCGGGCUCUGUUCCCACGGCUUAGGGAUCUUGGGUACUUAG